GACAAAUGUGUUGUUAUCAAUUGAUACCACCAUAGGUGAUACAAAUUUUAUAUUAAAAGUAUCUGUUAAAUGCAUACAAUGUCUGUAAAAGCUUCAUAAGUGCAUGAUAUUGAGCCAAAUAUGGAAGAAAACAAACUAGUAAUCACAUCAGGUAGGAAAAACAUAAUCGCCCCAAAGAAAACAACUUGUAGAUGCGCCAAAGUGGUACCCCGAAAACGGAUUUCAUCAGACAAUGGAUUACCUUCCCCAAAGCGAUUCACCGCAAUCACAAAUCUUAGAGCUUCUUCGACUCGACGUCCGCCUCUUGGCGAUUUGGAUACAAAUGUGACAACGAAACAAUCCCUCGCACCAAUUACGAAGGAACAUGGACCAAGCAGCACGAAAACAAGCACUGUUUCACAUUUGAAAGCAGAUAUCCGACUGACACCGUCUAGAUUAUCGACCCGACUGAGUCAACGAAACUCUCUGAAAAUUGUCGAUAGAAAUUCGUUCGAUAAAAAGAAGUUUAAAAGCGUCUUGUCGGGUGGAAAAUUAUACUCUCCAAUAAAGUCAAAUUUUUUCUUACCUUCGAGCGCUAUUGUUCACCAAGGAAUUCCGAAAGUGAAAAAAACUCUACAGAGAUCUGAGGGAAAUCGGUUCGGAAUUGGGGAGUUUCCUUCAGAUAGAUACGGCUCAGAAUAUUUAGAGGAAAUCAUGCUGCACGAGCUAACGAAAGAUUGGAAGUACGUAUCGCCUAAAGGAAGCGUGCCCUACAACGCAAUGAAUACGAGAGCAAUCAUAGUGAAUUGGCUAAUCCAGGCUCAGGAAGUUCUAAAUCAACCACCAGCAGUGCUUUUUACCACGGUGCGUAUGUUCGAUUCUGUUCUAGCGGCUACAGACGUCUCGCAGAAUAUGUACCAACUUCUCGGCCUUACAAUUAUGUGGAUAGUUACGAAAUAUGAAAACAAUAAUUUUGUCACUGCAAAGAAGUUAGCACGUUUGUGCAACAACGUCUACACGGCCGACCAAAUUUUAAAGCUUGAGAAAAAGAUGCUGGCUUUUUUUGGAUUUGACUUUAACGUUCCGGAUAUCAUUUUCUAUGUCAACUUUUACAUAAUCAAACUGGGGAUUCCAAGUGAACUCUUACAUAUCGCGGUACAUUAUAUUUUGGAGUGUUAUAUACUGCAUAAGGCCUCUUCUACAGUUAUACCAUCAGUUCAGGCAGCCGCAGCGAUUUUCCUCGCCCUGAAGAUCAUCAUUCCCUCAUCUAAGGUGUGGGACUCGCUGUCCAAUAUUGUCGGUUAUUAUAGCGAAACAGAAAUGAAUGAUGUAAUCCAUGAUAUGUUGAAGCAGAUCCAUAAAGUACAAGAUCCAAAUUACGAAUGCCACUACCCUUAUGAAAAGUAUUCCACGAAGGAAAAUUUAAAGGUGGCAACUGUUUUAUUAGCGAAACUACUACUGUAACCUUUGUGAUUUUAGUUUUUAAUGUUUUAAAGAGAAUUUUAUAUAUUGAGAUGUUUUACUGUAGAUCAGAAAAUUAAAUUUUGAACGCUA